AUGGCCGAUCCGUCAACGAUUCCGACCUUCAAGCUCGUCCUCGUUGUCCCUACUUCAUUUUUCCUGAUCGAUGCAUUCGGUGACGGUGGAACUGGCAAAACCACCUUUGUCAAGCGCCACUUGACGGGUGAAUUUGAGAAGAAAUAUAUCGCUACACUUGGUGUCGAGGUGCACCCCCUCUCCUUCUCUACCAACUUCGGCACGAUUUGCUUCAAUGUUUGGGAUACGGCUGGACAAGAGAAGUUUGGUGGGCUUCGGGACGGGUACUAUAUUCAGGGCCAAUGCGGAAUCAUCAUGUUCGACGUUACAUCUCGGAUCACAUACAAGAACGUGCCCAACUGGCACCGUGAUCUCGAGCGUGUCUGUGAGAACAUUCCGAUUGUGCUUUGCGGUAACAAAGUUGACGUGAAGGAGCGGAAGGUCAAAACCGGUCAGGUUACCUUCCACCGAAAGAAGAACAUCCAAUACUUUGAAAUAUCUGCGAAAUCUAACUACAAUUUUGAGAAACCCUUCUUGUGGCUUGCGAGGAAGCUUGUUGGCAACCCUUCACUAGAGUUUGUCGCAGCGCCCGCUCUUGCACCCGCUGAGGUGCAGGUUGACGCGGCUCUUAUGGAGCAGUACCAGAAGGAGUUGGCUCAGGCUGAGGCUGUCCCCCUCCCGGAAGAAGACGACGACUUGUAA